CUAGAAACCCUUCUUUCUUAAACCUUCAAUUCAUUUCUCUUCAAGAAUCUGAUCAUCAUCGUUAAGAAAACCCUAAGUUAAUUAUGUGACAGAUUUAUAUAUUGAUCUAUAUAUACCGUCUUUCUUUCUUUCCUGAAAAGAUAUAUAUAUAUAUAGUCGUCGAUCAUGAGCUCAAAUCCUAGUACUAGCAGUGCAGCUUCUGGUGGCGGACCCGGGCCGGGUGGUGGCGGCGGCGGCGGAGGAAGCGGCGUUGGAGGAGGUGGGCCAUGCGGGGCAUGCAAGUUCUUGAGAAGGAAGUGCGUGGCGGGGUGCAUAUUCGCGCCGUACUUUGACUCCGAGCAAGGAGCCGCCCAUUUCGCGGCGGUGCACAAGGUGUUCGGCGCCAGCAACGUCUCCAAGCUCCUCCUCCAUAUUCCGGUCCACAAGCGGCUCGACGCCGUCAUCACCAUCUGCUACGAAGCUCAGUCCCGCCUCCGCGACCCCGUCUACGGCUGCGUCGCCCAUAUCUUUGCCCUUCAACAACAGGUAGUGAACUUACAAGCAGAGCUGGCGUAUUUACAAGCCCACCUAGCGACGCUGGAGGUGCCGAAUGCUCCGCCGCCGGUAGCGCAGCAAUCGCAGCCACAACCGCCUCUGUUCGUGCCGCCGGCGGUUCUAAACAUAGCAGACCUCCCCACCGGCGUGCCGAUGAUGCCAGCAACCUAUGACCUUUCGUCCCUGUUUGACCCCAUGGUGCAGCCCGCGUGGGCCAUUCAGCCGCGACAGUUGGACCCCCGACAGCUGUUCGGCGGCGGUGCCGCAACAAGGGUGGCCACGGUGGACAUGACGUCGUCGUCGUCUUCGGCCGCCGGCAGCGGCGGCGGCGGCGGAGAUCUUCAAGAACUGGCGCGCGAACUCAUGCACAGGCAUGGGUCUCCAACAGUGCCAUGCACAAACGCUCCUUCGUCGGCUCUGCCGCCGCACUCCAAAUGAGACGACGACCGGCGGCGCGCCGGCGCCGGCGCCGGCGACAUUUUUAGAUUAAUUAUAAAAUUAUAUAAUUGACUAUGGCAUGCUUUAUAACUUGCCUAUAUGGAAUCACAGCAAGCAACAGGAGGAGGCGAGUGGAUCGGAGUUAAUUCCCGUUAUUGAUCCUUUGAUUUUACCAUAUUUGUAAUUUUGGUCCUCUUUUCUUCUUAAAUCCCGUUACUGAUCCUCAAAUUUUACCCUAUUUAUCAUAUUGGCCCUUCUCUUCUCUUCUUGUACUAGCAUUUUGUGAUGCCAAUUCCAUUCAUAUACUA